CUAAAAGCGGCCGCACCGCUUGCACCGCAUGAUGGGACGACAGAAGUGGCGGGCCUUGUCAUUGUCAGGCAUCUUCACUACCAGCUCCCGGGACAAGCACUUGUUAAUGUCGAUGUCGUUGACGAACUCGGCGUUGUCGCGGCGAUAGUGGAAAUUGACUGGUGUCGACCUUUUAAAGACUUCCUGUUGCAAACAGCUGACAAGCAAACCUUGUGUGGAGAGCCUCGUCUCGGCUUACCAACUCAUUCGAGAAGGUCAGCUCAGGCAU